GUGGGCCCCUCCUUUCCAUCGCUGGCUGGCUGUCUGGGCGCGGGCGACUGCUGGUGAGGCGCGUGGGACCUCGCGCUGGUUCCCCUUCGGCCCGGGCCACUGAGGAGUUCCCUGACGCUGGGUGAGCUGAGCCUGCCGCCAAGAUGCCGGCCUACUUCCAGAGGCCGGAAAAUGCCCUCAAACGCGCCAACGAAUUUCUUGAGGUUGGCAAAAAGCAACCUGCUUUGGAUGUUCUUUAUGAUGUUAUGAAAAGCAAGAAACAUAGAACAUGGCAGAAAAUACACGAACCAAUCAUGUUGAAAUACUUGGAACUUUGUGUGGAUCUUCGCAAGAGCCAUUUGGCUAAAGAAGGAUUAUACCAGUAUAAGAACAUUUGUCAACAGGUGAACAUCAAAUCUCUAGAGGAUGUUGUGAGGGCAUAUUUGAAAUUGGCAGAGGAAAAAACUGAAGCAGCUAAAGAAGAAUCCCAGCAGAUGGUCUUAGACAUAGAAGAUCUGGAUAAUAUUCAAACUCCUGAGAGUGUUCUCCUAAGUGCUGUAAGUGGCGAAGACACUCAGGAUCGUACUGACAGGUUACUUUUAACUCCAUGGGUUAAAUUCCUGUGGGAAUCAUACAGACAGUGUUUGGACCUUCUUCGAAACAAUUCUAGAGUAGAGCGUCUCUACCAUGAUAUUGCCCAACAAGCUUUCAAAUUCUGCCUCCAGUACACCCGGAAGGCUGAAUUCCGUAAGCUGUGUGACAAUUUGAGAAUGCACUUGUCUCAAAUUCAACGUCACCACAAUCAAAGUACAGCAAUCAACCUUAACAAUCCAGAGAGCCAGUCUAUGCAUUUGGAGACCAGGCUUGUUCAGUUGGACAGUGCUAUUAGCAUGGAGUUGUGGCAGGAAGCAUUCAAAGCUGUGGAAGACAUUCAUGGACUAUUCUCUUUAUCUAAAAAACCACCUAAACCUCAGUUGAUGGCAAAUUACUAUAACAAAGUCUCAACUGUCUUUUGGAAAUCUGGAAAUGCUCUUUUUCAUGCAUCUACGCUCCAUCGUCUUUACCAUCUAUCUAGAGAAAUGAGAAAGAAUCUUACCCAAGAAGAGAUGCAAAGAAUGUCUACUAGAGUGCUUUUGGCUACUCUUUCCAUCCCUAUCACCCCUGAGCGUACUGACAUUGCUCGACUCCUGGAUAUGGAUGGCAUCAUAGUUGAAAAACAACGGCGCCUUGCAACACUGCUAGGUCUUCAAGCCCCACCAACACGAAUUGGUCUGAUUAACGAUAUGGUCAGAUUCAAUGUACUACAAUACGUUGUCUCGGAAGUGAAAGACCUUUACAAUUGGUUGGAAGUAGAAUUUAACCCCCUAAAACUCUGUGAGAGAGUCACAAAGGUUCUAAAUUGGGUUAAGGACCAGCCUGAGAAGGAACCAGAGCUGCAGCAGUAUGUCCCACAGCUGCAAAACAACACCAUCCUCCGUCUUCUGCAGCAGGUGGCACAAAUUUAUCAGAGCAUUGAGUUUUCUCGUUUGACUUCUCUGGUUCCUUUUGUUGAUGCUUUCCAACUGGAACGUGCUAUUGUAGAUGCAGCCAGGCAUUGUGACCUGCAGGUUCGUAUUGACCACACUUCUCGGACCCUUAGUUUUGGAUCUGAUUUGAAUUAUGCUACUCGAGAAGAUGCUCCACUUGGUCCUUAUUUGCAAAGUAUGCCUUCGGAACAGAUAAGAAACCAGCUGACAGCCAUGUCCUCAGUACUCGCAAAGGCACUUGAAGUCAUUAAACCAGCUCAUAUAUUGCAAGAGAAAGAAGAACAACAUCAGUUGGCUGUUACUGCAUACCUUAAAAAUUCACGGAAAGAGCAUCAGCGUAUCCUUGCUCGCCGUCAGACAAUUGAGGAAAGGAAAGAACGGCUUGAGAGUCUGAAUAUUCAGCGUGAGAAAGAAGAAUUGGAGCAGAGGGAAGCUGAACUCCAGAAAGUACGGAAGGCUGAAGAAGAGAGGCUGAGACAGGAGGCAAAGGAGAGAGAGAAGGAACGCAUCUUACAAGAACAUGAACAAAUCAAAAAGAAAACUGUUCGUGAGCGGCUGGAACAGAUCAAGAAAACAGAACUGGGUGCCAAAGCAUUCAAAGAUAUUGAUAUUGAAGAUCUUGAAGAACUGGAUCCAGAUUUCAUCAUGGCUAAGCAGGUUGAACAACUAGAGAAAGAAAAGAAGGAACUUCAGGAACGCCUGAAGAAUCAAGAAAAGAAGAUUGAUUAUUUUGAAAGAGCUAAACGUUUGGAAGAAAUCCCUUUAAUAAAAAGUGCUUAUGAAGAACAGAGAAUUAAAGACAUGGAUCUGUGGGAACAACAAGAAGAAGAAAGAAUUACUACUAUGCAGCUAGAACGGGAAAAGGCUCUUGAACACAAGAAUCGAAUGUCACGAAUGGUUGAAGACAGAGAUUUAUUUGAAAUGCGACUCAAGGCAGCACGACAGUCUGUUUAUGAGGAAAAACUUAAACAGUUUGAAGAGCGAUUAGCAGAAGAAAGGCAUAAUCGCUUGGAAGAACGUAAAAGGCAACGUAAAGAAGAACGCAGAAUAACCUACUAUAGAGAAAAGGAAGAGGAAGAGCAAAGAAGGGCAGAAGAGCAAAUGCUAAAAGAGCGUGAAGAGAGAGAACGUGCAGAACGGGCAAAACGUGAGGAAGAGCUUCGAGAAUAUCAGGAGCGGGUCAAGAAGUUAGAAGAAGUAGAAAGGAAAAAACGCCAAAGGGAGCUGGAAAUUGAAGAAAGGGAGCGUCGUAGAGAGGAAGAGAGAAGACUUGGUGAAGAUCCACUUUCUAGAAAGGACUCUCGCUGGGGAGACAGAGAUUCAGAAGGUACAUGGAGAAAAGGACCUGAAGUCGAAUCUGAGUGGAGAAGAGGCCCACCAGGCCCACCAGAGAAGGAGUGGAGACGUGGAGAAGGGCGAGAUGAGGAGAGGCCUAUUAGAAGAGAUGAAGAUCGCCCAAGGCGGUUGGGAGAAGAUGAAGAUAGAGAGUCUUCUCUUAGACCAGAUGAAGAUCGGAUUCCCAGGCGGGGCUUGGAUGAUGACAGAGCCCCUCGACGUGGUCCUGAUGAAGAUAGGUUCCCUCGCCGUGGGGCAGAUGAGGAUCGGCCUUCCUGGCGCAAUGCGGAUGAUGACAGGCCCCCCAGGCGAAUUGGUGAUGACGACAGGCCCCCCAGGCGACUCGGUGAUGAUGAGAGGCCCCCCAGGCGACUCGGUGAUGAUGACAGGCCCCCCAGGCGACUCGGUGAUGAUGACAGGCCUCCCAGGCGACUCGGUGAUGACGACAGGCCUCCCAGACGAAUUGGUGAUGAAGAUAGGGGAAGCUGGCGGCAUAUGGAUGAUGAUAGACCACCUAGACGAGGGCUGGAUGAGGACAGAGGAAAUUGGCGGGCAGCUGAUGAGGACCGAGGACCAAGACGUGGUAUGGAUGAAGAUCGGGGGCCGCGGCGAGGAGGUGCUGAUGAUGAGCGGUCAUCCUGGCGUAAUGCGGAUGAUGACCGAGGCCCAAGGAGAGGCCUGGAUGAUGACCGAGGUCCAAGGAGAGGCCUGGAUGAUGACCGGGGGCCCAGGCGUGGGCUGGAUGAAGAUCGAGGACCUUGGAGGAAUGCCGAUGAUGAUAGAAUUCCCAGGCGUGGUACAGAUGAUGACAGGGGUCCUUGGAGAAACAUGGAUGAUGACCGGAUCUCAAGACGGGCUGAUGAUGAUCGGAUUCCCAGCAGAAGGGGCGAGGACUCAAGACCUGGUCUCUGGAGACCAUUUGUCAAGCCAGGUGGAUGGAGAGAGAAAGAAAAAGCCAGAGAAGAAAGUUGGGGUCCACCUCGAGAAUCAAGACCACCAGAAGAACGUGAAUGGGACAGAGAAAAAGAAAGAGAGAGAGAUGGUCAAGAUCGCGAAGAGAAUGACAAGGAUCCAGAGAGAGAAAGGGACAGAGAGAGAGAUGGGGAACGAGAAGAUCGCUUCCGAAGACCGAGGGAUGAAGGAGAUUGGAGAAGAGGGCCAGCUGAGGAAGCUUCGAGCUGGAGAGAUUUAGGUCGCCGUGACGAUAGGGAUAGAGAUGACCGCCGACGUGAGAGGGAUGAUCGCCGAGACCUAAGAGACCUAAGAGAAAGACGAGAUGACAGAGACCGCAGAGGACCUCCUAUCAGAUCAGAGCGUGAAGAAGUGAGCUCCUGGAGACGUGCUGAUGACAGGAAAGAUGACCGCGCAGAGGAGCGGGAUGCCCCUCGUCGUGUUCCUCCCCCAGUUCUUUCAAGAGAUCGAGAGAGAGACCGAGACAGGGAAAAAGAAGGUGAAAAAGAGAAGGCCUCAUGGAGAGCUGAGAAAGAGAAGGAAUCUCUUCGUCGUACUAAAAAUGAGACUGAUGAAGAUGGAUGGACUACAGUACGACGUUAAGUCUCAAAAUAAUGGAUUCAAACUCACGUCUUACAUAGGUUUGAACACAUUCAAGGAUUAUUAUACUUGUGCUCAACCAGUCUAAAUUGGAUUCUUUAAUGUUGUCUCACCAUAACACAAAAGCAUGAACUUGUAUUAAUCCUAUAUAAUAGAUUGAUCAUGCACUGUAUCACAGAAGGUUGGAAAACCUUGCCAUUUUCUGGAAUUUAAGGUGUUGGCAUUAUUUCAUCAAUCACUUGUUUACAAAAAGAGAAAAACUAAAAAAUAAAUUUAAGAUGUGAACCCUUCAGGUAUUGAGUAACACCUGUAUCUUGGUAUAGACUGAUCUUUUUUCUUUUGAUUUUGAAAUAUCUGAUAUUAAUUUGGAAUGAGGUAAGGUUCUGUUAGAAAAUGUAUUUCAAGACUGAAGCAGGGAGCUGAAACAAUUUUCAAACUAUUAGCAGUUGAGACAUACCUCUAGGCGGUUUGAGGUAUCAACUAAAUAUAAGAAGUUUUUAGGUUUACUAUAAGUGCAGUAAACAUUACACACAUCUGAUACAGUGGGAUUUUCUGCAGAUUUUACUUGAAAGAGGUGAGUAUAAAGCAAUUUGCAGUCAUCAUUGAAAUGACAAGAAUACUGCUCAAGUGUGAAUCCAAAACAGUUACAGCUUUUAUAUUUUAAAGCAUUUGGUAAAGUUCCUGAUACUUUUUUCUGUUGCCAAUAGCAAACUGCUUUUCCAUUAAUGGAGAAUUCAUGCCUUUCAAGCAUUUUAAAUAUGACAAUAUUUAUAAAUGUGUGGUUUGGAGGACUUGUUUAAAUUCUUUUUCUUAAUUUCUUUUCGCUUUAGGAUAGAUCCUUCAACAGGUAAUUUGUAGUAACGACUGUGUUGACUUCAAUUCUGGAGUGUAGUAGCUGUGUUAAAGAUAACUAUUUGGUCUUAUUGAAGCCAACACAGAACUUGCUGCUGUGUUUUUUCUUUAAUGAUAAAUAAAAUACUUACAGAAUUUG